AUGAAUGGUACAGUUAUUGUUAAUGAGAGUAUGCUUACGGGCGAGUCUGUUCCUGUCACGAAGGUCGCUCUUGUUGAAGAUGUGCAUGAGGCUCAUUUCUCUAUAGAGAAGUAUUCAAAGCACGUACUGUUCUGCGGAACACAAGUUCUUCAAACUAGGUAUUAUAGAGGCCAGAAAGUGAAGGCUAUAGUACUGAGGACAGGCUUUUCGACAAUGAAGGGACAACUUGUGAGAUCAAUCAUGUACCCGAAGCCUGUCGAUUUCCGAUUCACGAAAGACCUUUUCAAGUUCGUGGGUUUUCUCGGUUGUAUAUCUGGGUGCGGAUUCAUCUACACGAUUAUAAUCAUGGUUCUACGAGGGAGUAGUUUGCGACGUGUCAUUGUGCGUGCCCUCGACAUCAUCACUAUAACAGUUCCUCCUGCACUUCCUGGUUAGUG